UGUAUGCAUUGUGUCGAUGAUGUGUCUAAUCCUGUAGACAAACUCUGUCGAGUGUCAACGAACGCAGAGGAGGCCGCACAGUAAACCGGUGCACAGUUCCGUAAAUUCGGAGAAAUGACGACGCUUUUCCUCGAGCCGAACUGAAGCGACGGAGCACUUUCCUGGGCAGACGCAACAGGCAUCUGCCUCGAAACGGCAGAUUCACGGAAGUCUCAGGGAACUCACGGUGUGCCUUUCGAGAUUUCCAUGGAUUCAAGAAGACUCGCUCAUUGACAGAGGGAGAUAACGACCGGCUUGAAAAAAUUGUGACUCGCUCUCGUUCGGCGUUGAGUAUUCCUGACAAUUCUCUGCGAUGCCUAACAUAUAUCAGGACGUGGGUCAGAUCAAAAUCACGCCGAGAACGGCAGCUCAAGUAAUCGAUCUGAAUCAGCCGCCACGUCCAGAGGAAAUAUCGGCAAAUCUCCACCGGCAUCAGCAGAGCCUCCUGUCACAGCGCAGCAUAAGCACGCCCCCGACUUCACUGUCAGCGCCGGAGCUCCCUCUAGGAAGGCGCCAAGCUGCGCCGGGGAGGUCUCGGAGCUAUAACUCUGAGCUGAGCGAGAUCUACAGACCUCCUCCGAACUAUCCUGGGAAUCGUAGAAUGGGUGCUCCUCUAUACGAGAACCUCUAUCAGUCGGCGGUUCCACAGACCGCGGCGCCACCGCCCCCUCAAGGGGCGUCAUCACAAUCGGGGUCCAGCGUCUACGAUUAUCGUCGUCAAUCUCCACGUUCUUCGUUGUCUUCAGAUUCCUCACCUCACGAAUCUAUGUUGGAACCCCCACCCGCGUAUUCCACCCAUCUGAAACCCCCUCAACCCCUACCGGGCCAACCACCUAUAUACGACGAACCUCGCCGACCUGAAAAAAGCACCGCCCCCGCCUCCCCGUACAAACCUCCGCCAAUCCAACGGAGAAUCGAAGAGCUGGAAAAGGAAUUGCGGAAUCCCAGUGCGGCUCCAUUGCUGAUGUCUCUCUCCGGCUUGAACCUGCGAGGAGUUACCGGGGGCAUUUCGCCUCCCGGAGAGGCACCUCCUGCCCCGGCUCCUCCCACUCCAUUCAUUCCACCUUCUAAUCCUAAGCAAACCCAAUCGCAAUCACAGACCAAUCUCAGUCAAGUGCAGUCCGAAACGUUGGGUCACCCACUUCCCCUCCCACCUCCGCCUCCGUAUCCCGGAGCUUCGAGAAAUUCGAAAGCCAUGGCUACCGCGGCAUCGGUUCAAGCGAAACUCGAGCGCAUGACGAAGGAGAUCGAGGAGGAAAUGGAGAGGCAGCCUGCGGAAGGAGAAUACUUCGGUGCUUGCCAUUCGUGUGGAGAACGAGUCGCUGGUGCGGGUCAAGCCUGUCAGGCGAUGGGUCAAGUGUUCCAUACUCAGUGCUUCGUGUGCGUUUCGUGCGGUCGAGCACUUCGGGGGAAAGCUUUCUACAACGUCCAUGGCAAGGUUUACUGCGAAGAAGACUACCUGUAUAGCGGGUUCCAACAGACCGCAGAGAAGUGCGCGGUUUGCGGUCAUCUCAUCAUGGAAAUGAUCCUCCAAGCGAUGGGAAAGUCGUACCACCCGGGCUGCUUCCGAUGCUGUGUGUGCAACGAAUGUCUCGACGGAGUUCCGUUUACGAUAGACAUGGAUAACAAGAUAUACUGCGUCGCUGAUUUCCAUAAGACCUAUGCACCAAAAUGCGCAGCCUGCAAUAAAGCCAUAACGCCGGUGGAAGGCACCGACGAAACGGUGCGCGUCGUUUCCAUGGACAAUGAUUACCACAUAGACUGCUACAUCUGCGAGGAUUGCAAGCAGCAGCUCACCGACGAGCCCGACAAACGGUGUUAUCCGUUGGAAGGCCAUCUGCUCUGUCACGAUUGUCAUGUCCGACGGCUGGAAGUCCGGAGUAACAGCAGUCGAAGCAGUUCGGUAGCUAAUUCACAUUCGCCCGCGAUCCAGGGUGCACAUUCGCAAGUCGUGUGGAAUAACCAAAAUGCGUAGAGAAGCAUUGUAGGCAGGCUUUGGACGUGUACACGCUGACCGACCCGUCAUCGAACUUCAUAGAGCCAAAGUUCCAACUAUU